AUGUCCGCGAGGAUUUCAUUUCUGAAAAAACCCGAUCUUUGCAAUCACUUAUCUGAUUAUAAGCUUAGAUAUGGUACGGAUGGUUACAAAUCGUUCCAGAAUUUGUUCAGAUGCUUCAACGAUGGUAGAAUUAAGAUCAAACUUCACGAAAUCGAGAUACCCAGAUGCAGUUAUUGUUCGGUUUAUCACAAGAGACUCUACAUAUGUUUGAUCUGUCGUUUGGUUUCUUGUUCAAGUCAUAUUCUUUUGCAUACCCAAUCGAAUAAAGGACAUGAUAUCGCCAUUGAUGUCGAAAGAUCUGAGCUUUAUUGCUGUUCUUGCAUCGAUCAAGUGUACGAUCCUGAGUUCGACGAGGUUGUCGUGUCUAAGCAGCUUAGUGGUUUAGGUAUGUCUGUUAAAUCCGGAGCCGAUGUUGUUGUUGCUACGGUUAGAUCGAACAAGAAGAGGAGAUUGGAUUCGCAAUUGAUUUUAGGAUCGAAGUUUUUGGUCUCGCCUAGAGAUCGAAGAGAGAAGUGGUCGUUUCCUUUGGGGUUGAGAGGUUUGAACAAUCUAGGAAGCACUUGUUUCAUGAAUGCUGUGUUGCAAGCACUUGUUCAUGCUCCUCCUUUGAGGAACUUUUGGUUGAGUGGUCAGCAUAAUCGUGAUCUUUGUCCGAGAAGAUCAAUGGGUUUGUUGUGUUUGCCUUGUGAUCUUGAUGUUAUCUUCUCUGCUAUGUUUUCUGGUGAUCGGACUCCAUAUAGCCCAGCUCAUUUGCUUUACAGUUGGUGGAAACACUCAACGAAUCUAGCUACGUAUGAGCAGCAAGAUUCUCAUGAGUUCUUUAUAUCGCUGUUGGACUGUAUCCAUGAGAAUGAGGGGAAGUCGAAAUGUCUGUAUAAAGAUCAUGAGGAGUGUCAGUGUAUCACUCACAGAGCAUUCUCUGGUCUUUUAAGAUCAGAUGUCUCCUGCACAACGUGUGGAUCCACCUCAACAACUUACGAUCCAUUCAUCGACAUUUCACUUACUUUAGAUUCAGUGAACGGAUACUCUCCAGGAGAUUCUAAAAAGAGCAGAAACAGUGGUGAACCAAGCGUGAACGCAACCAUGCCAACUCUCUCGGGUUGCUUAGAUUUCUUCACAAGGUCAGAGAAACUUGGUGCGGACCAGAAACUAAACUGCCAAAGCUGUGGAGAAAAGAGAGAAUCUUCAAAACAAAUGUCCAUAAGAAGACUUCCUCUGCUUCUUUGCUUGCACGUAAAGCGUUUUGAGCAUUCUCUUACCCGUAAAACCUCGAGAAAAAUCGAUAGCUACUUGCAGUAUCCGUUCCACCUAAACAUGUCUCCUUACCUCUCGUCCUCCAUCAUCGGAAAGCGGUUUGGGAACAGAGUCUUUGCCUUUGAUGGAGAAGGUGAGUAUGACGGUUCAUCAUCAUCAUCGGCAUCAGCUGAAUUUGAGAUAUUUGCAGUUGUAACUCACUCGGGGAUGUUGGCGUCGGGUCACUAUGUGACUUAUCUGAGGCUUAAAGGGUUGUGGUAUAGAUGUGAUGAUGCUUGGAUCAAUGAGGUUGAAGAAGAAGUGGUGAGAGCGUGUGAGUGUUAUAUGUUGUUCUAUGCGCAAGAGAAAGUUAUUCAAAAGGCUCAUAAGGAGUUGAGUUAUCAAGUUAUCUCCAUGGCUGAUGCAUUUCCCUUUACUGAUUGCUGA